UCCCCAGCUUAUCUCUAUCACUUCUUCCUAAAUCUGCGUUCCGGAACGCAGAUUGAUUGUUGUAGACCGCCUAUAGAAUCGGUGCUACCCCGGUUGUCGGAUGGCCACGUUGUCGCCUCCUUCUUCGUCGGCAUCUUGGCCUCUGCCUCCCUCAGGCCCUAACCCCAACCCUAAUUUCCUCUCACCGCCCGUGGCACCGAACUCGCCUCCCUCCGCUUCCUCUUCCCAAACCAUAGACCUCCCAGAAUCUGAAUACAACGACGAUUCGGUUCCUCCGAGCGCUGACCCAACCCGUUUUCCCGCUCCGACGCUGCUCCACCUCUCUUUUAACCAAGACCAUGGCUGCUUCUCCGCCGGCACCGACCACGGGUUCCGGAUCUACAACUGCGAUCCCUUCCGCGAGAUCUUCCGCCGCGACUUCUGCGGCGAUGACGGCGGCAGCGGAACGGGGAUCGGAGUGGUGGAGAUGCUGUUCCGGUGCAAUAUUCUGGCACUUGUCGGGGGCGGUCCCGACCCGCAGUACCCGCCGAACAAGGUUAUGAUCUGGGACGACCACCAGACGAGGUGCAUCGGUGAGCUUUCCUUCCGGUCGGAGGUGAAAUCGGUGCGGCUCCGACGGGACCGGAUAGUGGCGAUUCUGCUGCAGAAGAUCUUCGUAUACAAUUUUGCUGACCUGAAGCUGCUACACCAAAUCGAGACGAUUGCUAAUCCCAAGGGACUGUGUGAGGUUUCGCAGCUAUCGGGAUCGAUGGUUCUAGUGUGUCCGGGGUUGCUUAAGGGGCAAGUUAGGGUUGAGCACUAUAAUUCGAAGAGGACUAAGUUCAUAAUGGCGCACGAUUCCCGGAUUGCGUGUUUUGCCCUCACGCAGGAUGGGCGGUUGCUGGCGACAUCGAGUAGUAAGGGGACUUUGGUUAGGAUUUUCAAUACUUUGGAUGGUACAUUGUUGCAGGAGGUAAGGAGAGGUGCAGAUAGAGCAGAAAUUUACAGCGUAGCUUUCUCUUCUAGUGCCCAAUGGCUGGCUGUUUCUAGUGACAAGGGAACUGUGCAUGUCUUCAGCCUAAAAGUUGAAUCAGGAUCAUUAGGGAGUGACAGAUCACGCAGUUCAUCUGAACCAAAUCUUUCUGUUCCAUCAGCUGUUUCAUCUCUCUCCUUCAUGAAAGGUGUGCUACCAAGGUAUUUCAGCUCAGAAUGGUCUGUCGCUCAGUUCCGAUUGCAUGAAGGUUCUCAGUACAUUGUUGCCUUUGGCCACCAAAAGAACACGGUUGUGAUCCUUGGCAUGGAUGGAAGUUUCUACCGAUGCCAGUUUGAUCCAGUAGCAGGUGGAGAGAUGACCCAGCUGGAGUACUACAAUUUCCUGAAGCCUGAAGAAACUUUCUAAACUCUCAAGAUGGAGGCAUGACUCUACUUUGGCAUGGUCGUUACGGCCGCUGUUGCUGUUGCUGCCGCUGAUGGUUUUUGUCGGGAAUGAUGGAAAUGACCGUAAAAAGUACUGAAAGCAGAGAAGAUAUGAGCAGUUUGGUCAUCUUUUUAUGUUUGUUUUUAAAUUUUGUUUUUAAGGUAAGAAAGAAAAAUAAUUUUAUAACAAUAAAGAUGUUUGUAAAAUUUGUUUUUAAAAAAUAAAAGUAAAAAUAAAAUUUUUUCUUUUGAUUUUAUAAAUCUAUUAUAAAUUCAAUUUAUAUAGAAUUUAGUUUAAGUUUUAUUAAAAAUGAAAAUAGUUUUGUAAUUAUAAAUAAAUUAAAAAAUGAUACAUUAUUAAUUAUAAUAAAUGUUAAUUAAAUAUUAUUUAUAAUUUUCAUUAAUACUAAUUAAUAAAACAAUUAAUGUUAUUUAUGACUUUCAUUAAUAUUCAUUAAUGAGAAUAUUAAUAGAAGUCAUUGGGAAAGCUUAUAAAAAAACUUUUCAUCCCCUAUAAUAUGUAUUCUUGGGCAAGAAAGGAAUUUAUUCAUUUAUCUCAUUAUUUAUGUCUUCCAUUCUCUCAA